UUAUGUACGAUCAUUCGCAACCGGAUGAUUCAUGUUGUUUGGCAUUUCAAUCUAUUGUAGCCAACGAUGCCAGAUGCAUUUGUGAUACUAUAGAAAGAGAUAACUUGUCAAAGGAUGUCACAAAAACAAUGAAGCUCCCUACUAUUUGUGGCGUAUCACUUCCUUGUCACUAUAAUGCUCUUGGUCCAUAUCCUUCGGAGGCAGUUUCAGGACCCAGUCAUGCUCCAAAUUCCCCAUUGUCAAGGCCAGAGAAUGAUGAUGAUGAUGAUAUUAUUAUUUAUCUUUUUAUUGUCAUGGUACCAUUGUGUGGUCUUUUUUAUAUAUUUUUUCCAAGUGAUUAUUUUUGCUUGGAUAUUUUGUUGUCCAUGGCUGCUUGACACUCAUGACUACUCUAUCAAUCAAUUUUAAAUGCGGUUUAAAGGUUAAAGAGAAACACAUUCAACCCCA